AUGCCUGUGGGACGCCCUGCUAGAGCACGCGUCGUCUCGAACGAAAACGAUGAGAACAGCAACUCCACGCGAAUGACACGCGCUAAGGCCGCUGCCCUCGAUGUCGAUGUCCUCGCCAAGCAGCCCCUCCAGUCCAAGAAGUCCGCAGUCAACGCGAACCCGGCCGCCGCCCGAAAACGCGCUGCCCUAGGCGAUGUCAGCAAUGUUGGAAAGUCGGAAGUUGUCGAGGGCAAGAAGCUCCUCGGCGGAGCCAAGGUCGGCCUGGUCUCAAAGGCUGCCCAACCCACUGGAAUCCAGAAGCCCGGUGCCAAGGGCAAUGCUGCUCGGACCGUCUUGGGUGCCAAAGAGACCAAGAAGUCUGAGGUCAAGCGAACUGGCUCUGGGUCUGGUGCUAUCGGUGCCACGCAGAAGAGAAAGGUCACAUCCACAACGUCGACCAUCAAGCAAGAGAUUAUCGCUGAGGAGGGCGAACCGUCCCGCAAGAAGGCCCACACCCUGGAGAGCGAGCAGAAGAAGCAAGCGCGGGUUGAGUCCAAGGUCAAGCUGGAAGACGUUGCUGAACAGAUCGUGGAGGAACCUGGACUCUUGCCGCACGAGUACCCCGAGGGUGUCAAGGAUCUGGACAGCGAGGACAUGGAUGAUCCUUUGAUGGCUGCAGAGUAUGCCACCGAGAUUUUCGAGUACCUACGCGACCUCGAGUGCAGAUCGGUUCCCAACCCGCAGUACAUGACGCACCAGGAUGACCUGGAGUGGAAGACGCGAGGUAUUCUCAUCGAUUGGUUGAUCGAGGUCCACACGCGAUUUCACCUUCUGCCCGAGACCCUGUUUCUUGCCAUCAACAUUAUCGAUCGGUUCCUGUCUGAGAAGGUGGUCCAGCUUGAUCGACUGCAGCUUGUUGGCAUCACUGCCAUGUUCAUUGCAUCCAAGUAUGAGGAAGUUCUGUCACCCCACGUUGGCAACUUCGUUCACGUUGCCGACGAUGGCUUCACUGAAACCGAGAUUCUCAGCGCUGAGCGCUUUAUUCUCGGUACAUUGAACUUCGAUCUCAGCUACCCCAACCCCAUGAACUUCCUUCGCCGAAUUUCCAAAGCGGACAACUAUGAUAUCCAGUCUCGGACUAUCGGCAAGUACUUGAUGGAGAUCAGCCUCCUUGACCACCGGUUCAUGGCCUUUCGCCCCAGCCACAUCGCUGCCGCUUCAAUGUACCUGGCACGCUUGAUUCUCGACCGAGGUGAAUGGGACGAGACUAUCGCUUACUAUGCUGGAUACACCGAGGAAGAGAUCGAGCCCGUCUUCGAGCUCAUGGUUGACUACCUCGCCCGUCCUGUCAUUCACGAGGCAUUCUACAAGAAGUAUGCUAGCAAGAAGUUCAUGAAAGCAUCUCUCCUGACCCGAACAUGGGCCAAGAAGAGCGCUGCCAUCUUCGGCAUCACAGAUACGGGGUUGUCGUUGGAUGACAUCUCAUCUUGA